AUGAGUGAGUUCCGUAACGAGGAAUACGAUCAAUUGAUUAAACCAAUAAUGAUAACUGGAAAAAUCAUUUCUAUAUGGCCGUUGGCAGAGAAUAGCAGUUGGAUAGAGAUUACGUUUAGAAGAUUUCACUUGUUCUGCAUGUUUUUCCUAGUGAUCGCGAUGUCUAUCGCGGUAACAGCCGACGUGAUUCACAAUAUAGAUGAUCUGGACGAAGCGACCGAAUGCGCGUUAAUUUGCACAGCUUUUUACCUUUGCGUGGUUCGCUUGCUCGUGUAUUCGUUCCAUCAGAAGGACAUGCUCUACGUGGUGAACACGAUGAAACAGGAUUGGAUCUCAUCUUCGGACCAGGAUCGGCUCAUUUUCGCCGAGAAAACGAUGUUCGCUUUCCGCCUCGCGAAAUAUUUUAUCACCACCGUCGCAAUAACAAUCGUGAUGUUCAUGUCCGUUCCAGUUUUGGAGAUUUACGUGAUCGGUAAUAGCGAGAAAGUGCUCCCAUUUCGAGGAUAUUUCUUCAUCAAUCAAACCGUGUCACCGGUUUUCGAAUUUCUCUAUCUGUUCAACGUAACAGCGGGCGGAUUUGGCGGAAGCAUGAUCGCAGGCGCAACCAGUUUCAAUUUAGUGGUGAUAAUACACGGCUCGGGCAAAUUUGCCGUCCUCAGGAGAAGGAUGGAGGCUUUGAGCGGAGCCGAACCUAACUCCACCUCGAUCAUGGGGGACAACGUGAUUCGUCACCAGCAAGCGAUCAAAGAUCAAUCUGUUCACAGGUUCGCGGACACUUUGGAAAGGAUCAUAAACGUGCUCGCUUUGGGACAAUUCGUCAUAAGCACGGGAUUGAUUUGCUUCGCCGGAUUUCAGAUCACCUCGAUGAUGGAGAACAAGGGUCGGCUGAUGAAAUAUUCCACCUUUCUCAACUCCGCCAUUCUCGAGCUGUUCAUGUUCAGCUUCAGCGGGAACGGGUUGAUCGACGAGAGCGAGGGGAUAGGCGAGUCGGCAUACAACAGCGGAUGGAUCGGCAGCCGUUUCCGUAAAAGCGUCCAGAUCAUGAUGAUGCGUUCCAAGAUUCCCAGCAAGAUAACAGCGGCGAAAUUCUACAGCAUGUCCUUGGAGAGUUUCUCAGCGGUUCUAAGCACGUCGUUCUCGUACUUCACGGUGCUCACAGCCACCAAAAAUGACUAGGAGCACGAACGGUUCUACACGUUUUAUACGAUUCGGAUAGACGGCGUCUCUC